AUGGAGAGUAGUUACCACGCGAGCGACAGCAAGCCUGGCCGCGGCACCAGCAGUAGCGGACCCGUGUACAAAGACAGAGGUUCGUUACCCCAUGGUGGACGCGGCGGCAGUGGCUAUGCGUCCACGGGCUCCUUUCGUCGCGGCUCGUCCCAUGCUACGGGCCCACGGGAGUGGGAUCGGGACCGGGACAGCCGCAGUCGCCAGCGCUCGCACUCGAGGGACGGCACGAAAGAAAGACGAGGUAACGGCAGUAGCAGUGGCACCCGCAGCUCCGUUGGGACGGCUGGGAACGCGGCCCUGCGGCUCCGGGACCGGAAGAACUUGCUGCUGAUGCACCGCACGGGGGCAAAGAAAAAGGAGCUUUUGCCAGCAGACGAGGCGAUGCGCGUGAUCGGCAUGGACUUGAAGUAUAUGAAGGAUGCAGGGCACCCGUACGUGAGUGACAAGCUGGCCAUGUUCCCAAGUGUGUUCCCGACGAACGCCGACUUCCCAGAGGAAAAGUUCCGUUUCCACGCGCUGCGGAAUGCGGCGUUUGUGAGUCCGUUGCCGCGCGGAUUCAAUCAGCAGUGGCAUUUGCAGUAUUCGGCUUUUACGGACAAGAAAUUGGCAAUUUUUGAUGAUUUGACGAGAGCAACUCGCGCGAUUGCGCGCUUACAGGAAGAAGCUCACGACGAUACGAAAAGUGCUGGGGUUGGGUUGCCGGUGUUUAAUGAAGAUGGAACUACUGCGGCUGCAGCAGUCGAGCACGCUUUUACAAACUAUUUGAUUCGCCACGUGCGGCGACUUGAUGAACGCACUUGCCAUGUCUGGAUGAGCGAACUAUCGAGCGGUGCUCGCAGUACGGCAGAGCUUACACAAGCGCAUGGGGUGCCGUUUAAACAAUGGCGAGCUGUGCCGGGGAUCUCAAAGUGCCCACUGCUUGAACUGGUGGUGAAAUAUCGACCGGCGUACGCUGACGCGACGUGGUUUAUACGGAUUAAUGUGGUGUAUACAGAAAUGCGGGAACUGCAGCGGGACGGCGCGAUUCGGACAGGCGAUUGGUUUUAUAGCCCACGUCGCAACCAGCGACGUAGUCAGGGAUGGACUGACAAGCUCAUUGAUUACCUGCACAUGGCAGUGCGUCAGGCAGCGGUAGAUUCUAGCGCAGGGGUGGAGAAUAGAUCAGCAGAGGCAGCGAACUCGAAACUCACGGCAAAUGGUACUCAGACGUUAUCAAAUAGAGGCACCGCAGCGGCGUUACCGUCGCAAGCAACGAGUAAAGGGUCCACAGGGGACAAGCAGAUGGCUCCAAGGCUGCGGCAUGGCGAGACGUCAGUAAUAGAUCACGCUCGAAGUAGUACCGGAACUCAGGCAGCACCUGGUAGUGGUGGAGUAGAGAUCUCUUCAACGGCGCUAUCAUCACGGUAUGAGGAGUGGUCGUACGUACUCAAGCUGUCUGAAUAUCAGUUCAAGCUGGGGAUCUUAGACCGUGCGCACUAUUUUGACGGACUCUUGUCACUACUGCAAAAAUCCAUGACGCCUCGAUCACAGCGCGGAACAAAUGGUGGACUCAUGCGGUGUUCAGCCGUGCUGGCACUCGGAGUGAAUGGUAUCAUGGAGCUAAUUUUGGUGGUGCAGAAACUGCUUCUAGAAAUACUGCUUUCUGCGGAUGCAGUUUCGAUGCUUGUAAAGAUAGUGUUGCAGCAGCUGCGGUACCUGCUUCCCCCUAGUUGUCCGAUUCCCCAGGAGACCGAAGGAAGAUCAGUUUAUGAAGAACUUGUAGUGGCAUUAUGCCAGUUGCUGCGAGAUAUCCUGCUUAAUGGAGGCGAUGUUCUAGUUCGUCUCGAGAAUAACGCACCUCCAUUAUGGCCAGCUUACGUAUUCACCGACCGGUUCUUCAAUCACAACGCGUACGGUGCUGCAGCAAUACAGGCAUGUAUCGAUCGCUGUCACAGGAAGAAGAGGGAUAUUACAGGGCGCAUUCUUCGUCUUCAACAGGCGUGCCCGUCCUCAAGUUCCGUGGGCGGAGGUCAGGUUCUCGCCGCUGCGAUGCGCAAUGAGGCACAGAUCUUGCAGAUUUUAGACCGUUUUCAUCGCGUAGAUUCGACUUUGGACUUGCAUCGUGUCUAUGGCGAAGUAUUCUAUCCGCUUCCUCUUGUAAGCUCCACUGGUAAUGGAUCUUCAGCUGACGUGCCAGUCGACAUCGCUGCACUCUUCCUCGUUUGCGAGUGGGCAGUAACAAGCCAACGUCCAGCUGAGUACCGGUACUUGUCCGCGCUCGCACUGAUCGAGAUGCAUAGCAAUGCUCUUUUGAAAUACGGCAAAGACAAAGGUUUGCUACUCCACUGCGGACCAAAGGACCAUCAAGUUGUUCUUCAGGGUGCUUUGCAAAACUUCUUGCAACGGUACGAGCCUAAAGUGAUCACGGAGAUUACUCAGGUGAUCGAGCUUUUCUGUCUCCUCGUGCGGCGUCGACUAUUCAGUGUGCCCAGCUUCGUAAAAUUCGCAUCGAGCUGUAAUGAAGCAGCGGCUUGCACGGGCAACAGCCCAUUGCUCGUGCUAGCUGCAGGAGGUGCUGGUGUCGCCAGGCGGAACGAAUCAGCACCGGUAGUUCACACUGCGUACAACAUUGAAUGUUCGCCAGGGCGAGGGUACAAGUCCAGUGAUGUUUACUUGCUAUCCCCAAGCGAUCGGCUGAAGCUAUAUAUGUGGCAGCUUCCACGCAGCCCAUUUCCGUUGCCAACAUGUGUGCCCAUGCUACCGGAAAGCAGCUAUGAUGGCGAGCUCAACUAUUUGCAAUGGCUCGAAGUUAUGGAUCUCCGCCAAGACCAUCUUAAUUGUUCGAAGACACUCGAACGUGCUCAGUCACUUUGUGUCUACGUGUUUCACACGCAUGGCCAGGCAAACGAUCCAGCGAAUGUCGGAACACCGGGGGCAGCGGGUGCAGCUGCUGGAGCUGCAAGCACGGACAGCAGUAGAGCAGUAAAAGAAGUGGAGUAUCAGGGCAAAGUCGGUGAGCUGGUUUCAGCCGUGAAAACCAUGUGCGGUCACGACAAAGGGCGGUUCACGCGCUGGUUCCUUCACAAUAUUUAUGAAGAGGCCACUUUUUUUCGAUUUUCUGAUCACGGCAGUGUAGAGCACAUAAUGCGGCUUGUAUGCCUCGUGCUUGAAAUCGUGGACGUGCUGGGUCUUCUCGAGGUUCUUGUACACUUCCUGCGGCGUUCCCCGUGUUUUCUUGUCAAGAACGUAGUGUUGGCUAUGAUUGAACGCCACGAACUCGCGUUUUGUGCUACGGACCAGAUACCAUUUUUGCUGCAGUCUUUCGUGGACCGCUUCCAUCGUAUUCCUCAGCAUGCCGAUGAUAAGACUGGGAACGUGGCUCAGUUUUUCUGCAAGAUGUAUUAUGCGCACAUUAAAAAGAAAGAGAUCGCGAAGUUGGACUUGCCGUUUGCUCUGCUUAAGCCGAUUGCAGAAACAGCUAGAAAAAACCAAGAUGCGACUGCAGUCGGAGGCAACGUGAAUGGUUCGGGAGCUAAUGCAAAUGGUAGCGGGGCUAACGCCAAUCAAAAGGCCAAAGAGAUGACGCUGGAGACGACGAACCCGAUCGUGCGUAUCCCACCACCCCGCGAAGUUCUUCCUCCGGAGCUAAAGAGUGCACUUGCACGGGCAUUCAAAGCCUUGCAAGCGCGUUCUUUUGAUGGCCCUAGUGCCGAUGGUAAGCAGACACCUGCAACUCCUGGCGCUGGUAGUUGCACUCCGCUACAGAGUCCGAAUAGCAUGAAUCAAGAUGCCUCAGCUUCUACUGAGUCUUUUGCAGCCUUCAAGCCCAGUUACUCGAGCUUGUUAUGGCAGGAUGUUGUCGGUGAGGCGACGCCUUCAGCAGAAGCUAAGUCGCGUGAUAGCGCGGUCGACUUUGCGGUGGCUGCAAUCAACAUGAGCAUGACAUCUUCUGCUGUGGGGUCCACAAACGCGAAUGCAACAAGGGAGCGGCGCACGCCUAACUACGUGUUCUUCUUUCGAGCUGUGCUGAGCGAGGUGAUGGAUAAAUGGAUGGCUAAUAUUUUGGCACGGGUAAAGUCCAAUUGCAAGAGGCCCAUUACGACCCCGCAUUAUAUGCACCGUUGCGUCCGUCUUAUUCGGGAGGUUGUGGAACAACAUCCUGACAAUGGUGAGGAAUUUAGGGAAAAGUUCUCCAACACCCUAGCAGUUUGGUUACAGAAGGAAGUGCUGCCUGGUUUUGCUGGCAGUGACACGCCCAAACGUUCGCGCAAUCCAUUUUUGAAUGCUGAUAACAGCAAGGAGGCUUUUGCACUCAACCAGAAAGGCCGUCUGGACCGUGUGCAGUACGGGCUGAAGAGUUUUCUAGUAUCUCUGGCUGUGCAUAAAGUGUUGAAUCUCUCCCAAAUGCUUCGACUGGUACUCGUGCCGCUCUUCCCGCGACUGCGCCGCGCAUCCCGUGAUCCGCCUCCAAAUUUGCCGACGCAGCUUCUCGCGAUGGCUCUUGUCUUCCAGCUUUUCUCAGAACCGCCGCAGAAUCUACUGUUGGAUUCACAAAAAGUGGUUAUGUUUGAUGAGCCGCUGACAAAAUACCAUUUGCGAUUUCUACGCUCACAGGUGCCGGCAUGCCUGAUGUUCCCGUUGUGCUUCUUGUUGUGCCAAAUCUCAUACCAGAUGGAAGAUAACUUUCUGCUUCGCAAGCGCGAAGAGCGUGGCACGUUGGCCAGCGCCACUCUCUUCAACUUGACGUCCGACGGCAUCGUUCGCGACACUAUUUUUCACGACACGAAAGAGGCCCGUGAAAAACACAUCCUUCCCGUUUACCACAAGAAGCAGUGGCAUACGGCCGUGCUGCUGACACACUUUUUCCGGCCACCAUCAUCGCCAGCAGAGGACGGGAAUGGGCAGGUCCAGCUGCUGAAGGUGGGGCAAAUAAUUGAUCAGAUGAACGUCUGGACACUUCACCGUGGCGGCUCAAUUUAUCUCGACCUGCAAAUGAGCAGACAACAGCAGAAAGUAAAGCGCUCCAAGCGACGCUCGCGACUUCAGCGCCAACACGUACCCACGCAUCCAGCAGGUUGCAAUAAACGAAAAGCUCUUCAAGCUGAUCCGUCUGUGCGCUUGACUAAGCGAAUAGCGAUGGAUAGUGGUGAGGGUGUUGUGGCAGCAGGAGUGAAUGGAUUUACUGAUGAAACAACGUGUCUUGGUAGCCACACAGAUACAGAAACUUCGUUCGGUGGUAGUCUAUUGGGCAGCGGUUUUUUGAAUGGAGAAGAGGAAGCAGAUGAUGGCGAUCUUGAGCUUGAAUUGGGCUACGACGAGACGAGUAGUGCUACCGAAAUUUUGUCAAGUCUAAUUGUGCUGCGCACGCUGAAGCGCAGCUCACGACCACCAAUUGGGAUCGGAUCGACUGCGUCGUCAUCAUCCAUCACAGCAUCCUCGUCUGUGCCGGUGCCGCCGACACCAGUCGCCAUGACUACGUUCUCGUCAUCGUCACCCUUAGCUACUCCCAAACUUUACAAUACGCCGCGUCACGUUCACCUCGAUGAAGGAAACAACGGCAAACACCGUGGGGGUACUCCAGGUCUCGAUGAUACCACUGAAACAAAGGCAUCAGUGCUGACGCUGCCUACGUCUGUUGCAGCGACGUACAACUCUUUGACCCCAUGUGAAGCCCGUAUGCUGGAUGCAGCUGGGGAGGCGCAAGACGCGGCAGUGGCAUCUUUGUAUGCCGCUACCGUUUGCAGCAUCUCGAGACGCGCUAUGGGAUCAGUGAUUGCCAAAGUUUUACAGGUUCUCGAAGAUGACGUGAAGCACUCGCAACCUGAGAAGUUCGCCCGACGUUUAAACAUGACAUCUGUCGUGCAUCUCGUUAGUGGCAUUAUGUGCACGUCUCCUGGGAACGCUUUUUUGCCACGCUACAUGAUGUCACUCGCUACUCAGCUCGAGUGGUUGUACGAGGGCUGUACGAUACAUGACAAGCAGCAACGGUCCACACUGGCUGAAUCUGGUCCACACAGCUACUCUUUGCUGCGUCGACUUCGCUGUAAGCUAGCGGUGCGUCUGCAGCUAGUGGGUGUAAUCGGACCCAGCAAGCAUGCUGUGAUGACUAUUUGCUACCGUGACCGCAUCGUCAAAACGAUGUUUGCUCUGCUGGGUACAUCUGCAGUCUCAACUGGACCCGGGCUUUCACUCUUCAGCUGGAUCCUAGACCUCAUUCCAGUCGUCAAUGCCUCUGUGCUCCACAGCCGACAAUAUGAACUUGUGGAGGCGCUACGACUCCCAAAUGACCUCAAGCGGCGUGUUUGGUCUGUGCUACCUCGCCCUGUGAACCCUUUUGGAGCCGCGUGUGUCUUUGUGGAUUGCUCAGCGAAGACACAUCAGGGCGAUGCGGAUUCGAAAAGCGUGGAACCGACACACGCACCUGUGGAUCCGUGGGGUUUGCUAGAACACGUGCCGCACCUACCGAGUGAUGCUGUUGUUCCAGAUUUGCCUCCCCCGAUCCCAAAGCGUCCACGUAGAGUCUUCCGUUGCGUAUCAUGA